AUGAAAUCCCUUAUUAUUACAGGUGUUACAGAUAUAUAUUUAGUGGUGAAUGAUAAUUAAAUGUAUGCUUUAUAAGGGGAAUAAGGGGUACUUUUUAUUAACAUUUCAGAUAGUUCCUAUAGUUUAAUAGAAUUUAGAAGUAAACUUGGUUUUGCAGAAUUUUAAAAAAUAGUAAACGAAUAUGAGAAAACAUAUUACUGGGCUUACUCAAUUUAAGUUAAUAAUAUGUAUGAAUAUGCAUUUGACCUAAAAAAUAAAAAAGUGAUUGAAACAGGCUUUUACUUCUUUAAAACUGAAAGUUAUUUAUCAAUAUAUGUUUAGAACUUAAAAAGCACUACUUAAAUGAGUACUUAUCACAAUGAUGAUUUUGAUAAAGUCUUAUCCUCUUAUGUUUAAAAAUAUAAACGCUAUAAAAUUACAUCUCGGGUAUAUGAAUAAUCGCUUUAUAGCGAUAAAUUUGGAAAAUUAUUUGUUAUAUCUGAUAAUAAAUUAGUAUCUUUUGACAUUUACACUGGUUCACAAGAAAUUUUAUUUACUUCAGAUGCAAAUCUUUUCUAGGUUUAAAUGAAUUUAUUUGAUGAAUCCCUUAUUUGCUUUAGUAAAAGUGAAAGUGAAAAUAAUUUUAUAACUCUGAUUAAUCUGUCCACAAAUGAAAAAUUUAUUAAAAAAUUGGAGUAUGGAAUAGAGAAUAUUUUUUACAGUAAAGAUGACAAUCUGAUAUUCAUGAUUGCUUUGCAUUUAAAUAUCAAAUUUCAUGCCUAUUUAUUGUUUAGAUCAUUAGAAUUUAAAAAUCUACACCACUGA